AUGGCUGCUUCUAUGCAGGCCACGAUUGAGGUAUUAGGGAAUCAAGUUUGUAAUGGGAAUGAUAGUAACGGUGGUAAUGGGUCGAUGAAUUUAGCAACAUUCCUGAAGGUGAAUCCACCUGCUUUCUGCCAAACGACGUAUCCUACUGAGGCGGACAAUUGGUUUUUGGCUAUGGAAAGAGGCUUACAAGCGCAACACAUACCUGAAGACCAAUAUGUCGAAUUCGCGACUUAUCAGUUAAUAGGGAAAGCACAAUUCUGGUGGCAGGGAGCUCGACGUCUAUUAUCGCAAGGCGAUGCCAUGAUAGCUUGGGACACUUUUAGAGUCGAGUUCUAUAAGAAAUAUUUUCUGAGUUCAGUGAGGGCGGCCAAGGAAUUGGAGCUUAUGCAGCUGAAGUUGGGUUCUAUGAUGGUGGUUGAGUAUACCAGAUUAUUCGAGGAGUUAUGUAGGUUUUCUCGGGUGUGUUAG